GAGCCUCGCGGGGACAGUCAUUGGACCCGAACUCAGAAGAGAGAGCAGAUAUCACAGCCAUGCUCGGGUCCUUGGGCUCCCUGGCGGCGGCCCUCUGGGGCGCGCUCAGUCUCCGCACUCUCCUGCUGGGUGCCAUAGCCUUUCUUUUCUUUACUGAUUUCCUCAGAAAACGGCGCCCGAAGAACUACCCGCCUGGACCCCUGCGCCUGCCCUUCGUAGGACACCUCUUACAUCUGGACUUUGAGAAUGUGCCCCUGUCGCUUCAGCGGUUGGUGAAGAAAUAUGGGAACGUUCUUAGUCUGGAAUUUGGUGACUGGUCUUCAGUUCUUUUAACUGGAUUGCCUUUAAUCAAAGAAGCCCUUGUCCACCAGGGCGAAAACUUUGUGAACCGCCCCAUAUCACCUAUUAUAGAACGUCUCUUUCUGAACAAAGGAUUGGUCAUGUCCAAUGGCCAAGUAUGGAAGGAACAAAGAAGGUUCGCCCUGAUGACACUGAGGAACUUCGGUUUAGGAAAGAAGAGCUUAGAGGAACGCAUUCAGGAAGAGGCCCGCUACCUCACCCAGGCAAUAGGAGAGGAAGAUGGACAGCCUUUCGACCCUAACUUCAAAGUCAAGAAUGCGGUAUCCAAUAUUAUCUGCUCCAUCACUUUUGGGGAGCGUUUUGACUAUCAGGAUGAUUGGUUCCAGGAGCUGCUGAGGCUGGUGGAGGAGUUCAUGAGUCUGCAGACAUCAAUAUGCUGCCAGCUCUAUGAUGCCUUUCCACGGAUAAUGAACAUCCUCCCUGGACCCCACCAAAGGCUCUUUAGUAUCAGGAAGAAGCUGAAAACGGCCAUUGUCCAUGUGAUUGAAAACCACAAGAGAGAUUGGAAUCCUGCUGAAGCAAGAGACUUUAUAGAUGCUUUCCUCCAGGAAAUAGAGAAGCAUAAGGACAAUGCUACCUCAAGUUUCAAUGAAGAAAGCCUUGUCUACAGCACCCUGGACCUCUUCCUUGCUGGAACGGAGACAACUGCAACGACACUGUGCUGGGGUCUGCUCUACAUGGCCUUCUACCCAGAAAUCCAAGAAAAAGUACAGGCUGAGAUCGACAGGGUGCUUGGCCAAAGUCAGCAGCCGAGCACGGCAGCUCGGGAGUCCAUGCCCUACACCAACGCUGUCAUCCACGAGGUGCAGAGAAUGGGCAACAUCGUCCCCCUGAACGUGCCCAAGGAGGUGACGGUGGACACCACGCUGGAUGGAUACCACCUGCCCAAGGGAACCAGGAUCCUGACCAACCUGACGGCACUGCACAGGGACCCUGCAGAGUGGGCCACCCCAGACACGUUCAAUCCGGAGCACUUUCUGGAGAAUGGACAGUUUAAGAAAAGGGAAGCCUUUCUGCCUUUCUCAGUAGGAAAGCGGGUGUGCCUUGGAGAGCAGUUGGCCAGGUCCGAGUUGUUCAUUUUUUUUAUUGUCCUUAUGCAAAAAUUCACCUUCAGGCCUCCAGACAAUGAGAAGCUGAGCCUGAAGUUCAAAACAGGCCUGACCAUCUCCCCAGUCACCUACCGCAUCUGUGCUGUUCCUCGGGAGUGAGGUUGUCCGGGUGGGAGGGGAAGGAAAGCAAGAAGAGUUCCCAGGUCCCUGCAAAGCCCUGGUGCUUGCUGACAAAUGAGGGGACAGAAUGACCUGCGUCUGAGGAAGGUCCUAGGACUUGGACUCAGAGGAAACUGGAUCCAAACCUCAGCUUUUCCAUCCCCAGUUUAGCUCUGAGCGAAUCAGUUAUGCUGUGAGUGAUUUGCCUUUUCACCAAGGAGAUGAAAAAAGCAUAAAGAUUCCUUCUCCAAAGGAAGAAUCACUAUAAAUAUCAGAGGAAAUAAUGGACAUUAAUGAUUUGGAAACCUUAAAGCACAUCGUAG